AUGGGAGGUUUCAAAACUGGUUUCAUGUUGCAAGGCCAGUUUCUGGGAGGGGAUGUCACGGGCCCGGAAGAGCUAGCUUCUUGGUCUAUGUCCCAGGUCUGGGUGGGACAAGGCCAUCAGAGUGCAAAGUCUGAAAAAAUCUCUAAUACCAUUUUUAAGUUUUAUUAUAGAGAGACUAGUCAUAGAGCAAGUCCCAUGACCAUCAAUCAGCUACUGACCCCAUCAGCCAUUAAAGAGCUUACUAAUAUACUAUGGUCAUUUUUCCAUGUCAGUACAGACGGUUCUACCUCUGUCUUUCAGCUUGGCCUGGAAAAGAAUUGGCAGGUGAACACAACCUGCGUGGUGGAAUGCCCUGUGAACUGUCAGCUUUCUGAUUGGUCUUCUUGGUCAGAAUGUUCUCCAGUACGUGGCCUUACAGGAAGCCCAGUGUGGAAAGGGACAAGAACAAGGAACAUUUCUUGUGUAGUGAGUGAUGGGUCAGUUGAUGACUUUAGCAAAGUGGUGGAUGAGGAGUUCUGUGCUAACAUUGAACCCAUGAUAGAUGCUAAUAAAAACAUGAUUCUGGAGGAAACUUGUGCUCUGCCUUGCCCAGAAAGCUGCUAUAGGAUAUGCUUCAAGAAAACAAGGAGAAAACUGAAAAUGAGAAGGUUGUGAGAUCUA